AUGCCUUCUGAUAAGCACAUCAAAGCAGCCUUCUCCCUCAUCCAGGACAAAACAAAGGUCCUUGGCUUGUUCAUCGGCAUCCACGAGAUCGUGCAUCCAGGAAUGUGGCUUCCCCGCAAAGAAGCCCAAGAGCUCCCAAUGCUAUCCUUCGCUGGCGCUGACCCCAACAGCACCUACCUUGUUGUGAGCUUGGAUAUUGACGCCCCUUUCCCUGCUUUCAAAGUCUUGAGCCCAAUUCUUCACUGGAUCCAGUCCGAUAUCAAGGUCACUACCGACGGUACACUCCAGUUCGAUGCGCCCUCUGUCGCCAAUUAUAUUGGCCCUGCCCCUCCUCGCAUCAACGCGCCCCACCGUUACCUCUUUUUGCUGUACGAACAACCUGAGGGCUUUGACCUCGCAGCCUAUGCGCCUGCUGGUGGUAAGAAUCUUCGCGCUUUGAACCGCAUGCGCUACGAUCUUGACGCUUGGGCAGACAAGAUCAACCUUGGUCACCCUGUGGCUUUCAACUACUUCACUUGCAACUAG